AUGAAGUUGAGUACCGCUGCUCUUAUCAACUGCGCAUUGUUCGGUCUUGUUACAGCUCAACAAGCUAUUGUAUCUAUCACCUCGCCUUUGGCCGGCACCAAAUAUAAAGCAGGUCAAGAUGCCAUUAUUUCCUGGAUCAACCCUACUACAUCCACUAUCAGCCAGAUCGUGUUGGCCAAGGGUCCCUCAACCGCGUUACAACCGGUGAUGACUAUCGCACAAAAUGUGAAUGCUGCCGAUGGAAGCUACACUUGGAAGAUUCCCAUGGAUAUCGAAAACAGCGAAGAAUAUGCUUUUGAACUUGGCACUUCUCCCGACCUUGCGUUUGCUGGUCACUUUACCAUCGAAGGUGGUGUGGGUGCUAGCAGCGGUAGCAGUAGCAGCAACAACAGUUCGGCUGCCGCGCAGCCUACCAAUGGUACACACACGGGUACUUCAGCAUCCAGCGCUCCUUCAGGUGCUUCUGCCAGUUUGGCUCCCAGUGCUUCUGGUAACUUGGCUCCUUCUCCUGCUUCUUCCCCGGCUGUCACUCCCGCUGCCCCUCCUGCCACCCCGGCUGCCUCCAACGACAACAAACCCACCAAUGCCGCCAGUCCUCGUUCAUCUUCCGUCACUUCUCCCUCGUCCUCGGACUCGACCCAAAAUGUGCCCAUGGUCGCUAAAGUUGUACUUGCCAUGGGUGUCAGUCUUGUGGCUCGCAGCUACCUCUAA